ACGUGCCACGUCAAAAUUUUGACAUGUACAAACGAUUUCGAAAUUCGUAGUGCAACAAAAAAUAGUCAGAUAUGACUAACGAAAUAUGCAAACCAUGCGAAGUGGACGAGCUUCAGGCCUGGAAAUGUAUGAUGGACAGUAUGGUGAAGUUCAUCCAGGCGUCUACGAAAUUAAUGAACACCUUCAACGAAAAAUCAAAUCCACAAAUAGAAGAUUCAACAAUUGAUUGUAAAGCACCAUGUAAAUUACAAUUCUCUUUGCCAAAAGAAGAUUCGACGACGUCAAGUGAUUGUAAAGCUCCCUGUAAUUCGCAAGGGAAUACAUCAAAAGAAGAUAAAUUAGAAGAAGGAAGAUCGUGUCACAAGGAUUGCAAAGCGUAUAAUCCACAAAAAAAUCCUAAAUGUGAAAAAUGCGACGAAAAAGCGAAUGAAGAGGAGAAGGAAAGUAAGUUAUGUCAUCCUGAAUGUAAGUUGUGCUUACCAUCGAGAGCACCGAUUUGUAAAAAAUGUCCUACUGGUUCAGACCAGUCGUUGAAAGAGUCAAAAAACGGAUCCAAAUCAGGUGAAAUAGUUAAUCGUGAAAGUCAAACAGAAGAAAAAUGUCCGUGUCCUACAGAUAUAAAGCCAAAAAAGUGUUGUACUUGUCCAAAAGAAGAAAAUCAAACAGAAGAAACUCAAACAAUAGACGGAAGUCAAUCAGAAGAAAAGGGUAAAGAAGAGGAGAUCAAUCCGGAAGAAGACCAGAAUCCUCCAAAAACAGAAGAAGUUGAUGAAGAAAAAGUUGAAGAUGCAGAUUCGCCUCCUGAGAAAGUUGAUGAAGAGGUACAGAAGGAAGAGGAGCAGAAAGAAGAAGAACAAAAGGACGAGGAACAGAAAGAAGAGGAACAGAAGGAAGGGGGUGAAAAAAAGCAGCCCCUUGUAGAUUGUAGUUGUCAAUAUUCGGAUUCUGAAAUAAAACCUGUUAUUUCGUGUAAUUGCGAACAACUUAGAAAAGAAGAGGAAGAAAGAAAACAAAAAGAAGUUAUUUGUUCGUGUCCAUUGAGUUCUGAAGAAAAAUUAUCGAUAACUAAUAGAAUGCAAGAGAAAUUGGAAAUAGCGCAGCAGGAAAUAAAUCAACUGCGGAAAGAAAUUGAACAAUUGCAGUUUGCGGAAUUAACCAAACAUACAAAUUCGGCAAGACUAUAUAAAGAGAUUAUGAAGGAAUCUGUAUUAGAUAAUAGCUUCAAUACAUCAGCUGCUCAACGUUCUAAAUCUUCCAGAAGAGAAGUCCUUUGUCCGAUUUUGAGAAAUAAAUUUUCAGCUCCCCAACAACAGACUUUCAAUAGAGAUAGAUCUUUCAAUAUGCAAGCACUGGCGUCUUCUUCGUUAACUGGCAAAGGCCUACUUAACGGAACUAAAUCAGAUCCUGCUAAUCGACAAGUACCAGGUUCGCCGUUCGGUCAAACUAGUCGUCUUGAUAGAACCAAGUUUCAACCAUUGAAGUCUUCUUCUUUAGCUGGAAACGAUUUACUGAAUGGAACUCAAUCAGAUCCUGCUGGUAGACAAGUUUCAAGUCCAAAUGCUCGCUGUAAUAAUUCGGACCAGAUUUGUGUACGAAGAUCGAAGCAACAGCGCAGAUCGCAAACAUUUAACAAAACAGCCACUUAUCAAACGUCCACAAAAUCAUCAACUCCUGAUUACAGUAGAUAUCAGCAACCAAUGGAUACGACAAUGAAGUCAUUGUACUCUUAUUAUGGAUCGCAAGGAGGUCUUGAAGAAGAACAGUAUUGUGACUGUAAACCAAGAGCAGGGCCACAGCAAGGAUGCGGAUGCAAUACUCAAAAUAAUUAUAUCAAUGAUAAUUAUAAUUCGGAUGAUGAGUCGUAUUGAUCAUUGUAAAUGGAAAAAAUAUCCAAACAAGUAUAUUUUAUAUAUUUGAGUAUUUUUGUCAUAUAUAUUUCUUCAAUAAAAUCGUUUUGUAGUUGAAAA